AAGAGAGAGAGAGAGAGAGACAGAGAGAGACAGAGACAGAGACAGAGAGACAGAGAGAGAAGGUGGGAGAGGAGAGAUUUGGGGGGACAGUGAGGGAGAGACGUCCCCCUAUCCCCGCACAGGGUCUCUGUCUCCCCUCCCCCGGCCCUCACCUUGUCCCUGGCAGAAGAAUAACAUGAAAAGCCUCCCGACCCUCGAGGGGGGGCCGUGGCCAAGCCUAUGCAUCAAGGAGGUGAGCUGCCCCAAAAAGCUCAAGAGGAAGACCCAGGAGGGGCCGAGGCGCGUGAACGGCUACAAAAGUUUCAGGGCGGACUUGAAAGUGCCGGAGCCCGCGGCCAAUGGACUAGGGGAGCGCACCGAGCGGCUGAUCUCGGCCAAGGGAGCGACUGUGGCGGCUGCUCCUCCAGAGGAGAGCCCGGAGCUGCUGCUGCUACCGGGGGACCGCAGUAGCCGAAGCUGCGGCGGCGGCCCCCGGGGCAGCGAGGUCUUGGACAUGCGGAAACGCUGCUUCCCCCCGGGGCCUGGCCGAGGUCUGCCCCAGUCGCCCCCGCCGCUGCCCCCGGGCCUGGCGGCUCCUCCCGGGAGCCGGGACGGGCGAGAGGCUCCGCAGACUUUCGGGGACCAGAGUGUGCGUUCCCGGAUCGUGCUGUGCCCGCCGCCCCCUCGCCAGCCCGCGCCGCAGCCCCCGCCACCUCCCGCGCCCCAGCCGCAGCCCACGCAGCCCCAGCAGCAGCCGCCGCGUCCGGCGGGAAGUUCCUUCUCGUCAAUUUCACACGUAAUUUACAAUAACAGUCCGGAUUCUUCAGCCGCUUCGCCUAGGAAACGGCUGGGCGAAGGGGCGGGCGUCUCCUCGGAGAUCAAAGCCAUCCAGCAGACCAGGAGGCUGCUGGCGAACGCCCGCGAGAGGACCCGGGUGCAUACCAUCAGUGCCGCCUUCGAGGCGCUCAGGAAGCAGGUUCCCUGCUAUUCUUAUGGUCAAAAGUUGUCCAAACUGGCCAUCCUGAGGAUAGCCUGUAACUAUAUCCUUUCCCUGGCCAGGCUGGCUGACCUGGACUACAGUGCUGACCACAGUAACAUGAGCUUCUCUGAAUGUGUGGAACAGUGUACCCGGACCCUGCAAGCAGAAGGCAGGUCCAAGAAGAGGAAGGUGUGUAUAAAGGCCCUCUUAUUAAUGCUCCCCGUGGCCUUUCGUUCCCUUGGACGCUCACUCGGGCUGCGGACGGCUGGAAGGGAUGGAGUCCAGUCUGGAGGAGUAGCAGAUGAGGCGGCGCCAUUGGGGAGGGCAGAGUGUGGAGAGAGCCUGAUUGAUUCUUAGAUUUUAAAAAAGAACAACACGGCAGCAGAAAGAGUGAUCGUGGAUCUAAGUGGAUUCUCUACCCCUCCCUGCUAAUGAUCUUCUUCUUCAGCCUGGGCCAAGGGCACAGAUGACUCUGACCCAGUGAUGCCUAUCUGUAGCUCACAUCCUCCAAAUCACCUGUCCUCCUCUGAGAUGAACAUCCUUGCUCAGACUGUCAAUGGACCGGACAGAGAGAGAUCAUGAAAAGAUCUCACUUUCUCAAACUCUCUUCUCUUCCUUCCCUGACUUCAUCCAAGCCCCACUGGCCCUUCCCUCUUUGGCAAGGAAGAGUGGAGACAGAAGAUGGAACGGUUUCCCCUUGCCCAGCAUUCUUGGGCCAUUGCCAAAGAUUUGACCGACUUUUAUCUGUUUGAAUGUCACAUGGUUACUUUUUGUUUGGAAAUAUCCCCCUCAAAGAGAAGUCAGGAAUUCCAUCUGGAUCCCACAGAAAGAGUCAGCUCCUAGGGACGGACAGAUUCUGAGCCCUCAAUGCUCCUCCUCUGGGUCCCCUUUGGCUCCCAAGUUCCCAGGACCUCGUUUGGGCUACAAACAAGCAUUCCCAAAUGGAGACCCACAGAUGUUUCAGAGUUGGGUGCAACGGGGACAGUCAGAGGGUGGGAGGAUUGGAUCCUGUUCUCUGCCGAACACCUCUUUGCCCUCUACUCAGCCUUAUAGCUCAGGGGGCACCCCCCAUAUCUCUGUGGGGUCGGGAAGCUGUGACUCCUGCUCCUUUGCCCACUUAGGGGGACUAGGAGACUGGGGGCUUGGGAGAGGGCAUUUCCUCACUUUCUUUUAGCCAAACCAAGACAUGUGAAAGGCCUCCCAGGAUCUUCUUGUGGCCAACAAGAGGGGAGCAAAAGGAUUGUUUUUUCUUUUCAGGGUCAUGGGGGGGAGGUGGGAAGGGCAGGGGGCUCAUUCAUUCCAGAUCCUACAGGCAGAGGGACUGACUGAAUGCCUGACUUGGGGAGGGAAAGAUGUGGGGGAAGUGGGCUAGCCUGGAGAGUGGGGCUAGCCUGGAGAGGAGCUCCUAUGGCUUCUCCCGGACCUCCUCCUGCUCUAAUGGCUAAAGCAUCUUAUUUCUAUGCUUUACUGUUUGCUUCAAAUUGAAGUAAAAACCAAAAAAAAUCUAUAUGGAGAAACACACUUGCCAGACCGAGUGGAUUUUGUGGUGGACAUAGAUUUGUAUUGUUGAAAUUAUUACAAUUAACAUGAAUAGAGUAUUUGGAAAUAAAAAAGUACAUUGUCUGAG